AUACGUGGUGGUUUUCAAUUUUUCAGGUUGGCAAUUGUAGUGCGAAGGAACGCAUUAUUGUACGAAAAUUCUGAUUCCUAGGCUCGGUGAAAUCUGUGCCAGGAACGAGUGGAGCCCGGGUCCACGCAAGAAGCCGGCUUCGCACCUGGGAGUAUCCUGAGGCGAUAACGGGAGAUAACGCAGCUUUGUCUUGAGCGCACCAGUUGUUUGAUGCUUAGCCGAGGCUGCGAAUCGUAGAAUGGUUCUGAGGACUGCCACAGCAAGGCUUGUGGCGGCGCUGCUGGCGGCGUGGGUGUGCGCGGCUGCCGGCGCCGGCCUCUGCCCGCCGGGCUGCCGCUGCUCGCCGGACGGGCUGUCGGCGUCCUGCGCAGACCUGCUGGCGGACCGCCUGCCCCAGGGCUUGGCGCCCACGCUCUCCACGCUCGACGUCUCCCACCACCGGCUGCGCGCCGUCGACAGCCGCACCUUCGCCGACCUGCCGCAGCUGCAGACGCUCGACGUUUCGCGCGGACGCAUCACGCAGGUUUCAGAUGGCGCAUUCCACGGGCUGGCGCGACUCCACCAGCUUGUGCUGUCGGACAACUGGCUGACAUCUGUGCCGGUGGACGCGUUCCCAGCCAGCCUGCUGGAGCUGGACCUGUCGAGCAACCCACUGUCGCUGCCCACGGCUGGGCCCUUCCUGAGGGCGGAGGGCAUCACCACACUCAACCUGUCGCACUGUGCCGUCACCUCCGUGGGCGACGACGUCUUCUCGCAGAUGCCGUCGCUCGUCCAGCUCGAUCUAAGGGGUAACCCCCUGAACCAGCUGUCGCCGUUGGCCUUCCUUGGUCUGCGCCAGCUCUUUGUGGACGAGGGCUCUUUGGGCGUCCAUGCCUAUGCUGUCAAGCAAGUUGUCCAGGAUGUGGUCGAAGUUCCCAGGAUAGGUGCGACCACGCAAGAAGAUUUCGCGCCGGAGCAGCAGCUACAUCAAGGUGAUCUUCUCGUGGAAGAUCCUCCCUCUGUGUAUGACGAUCCGGAAACCGCCGCCUACACCGAUAGGGCUUCAAAUAGCGCAGUGGGCUGGCAGAAAGACACCCCGGUCUUCAACGAUUUCUCCUCUCUGUUCGGACCGGUGCCCCAGGACGCGGCCGACUCUAACCUCUUCAAAGGGGCUCCGUUCCAGGCGACGGGCGAGGUGACCGUGGUGUACGCGGCGGACCUGAAGAACCUGAAGGACACGCUGCUGGUGCUGGCGGCGCUCGCCGUGCUGUGCUUCCUGCUGGCGGCCGUGCAGAGGGCGGUGGACGGCGCCAGGGCAGCUCGCGGCCGGCGGCGCUGCCGGCUCGACGCCUGCUUCAGGGCGGGUCGCGACCGCGGGCGCCCGCCCCAGCAGAGCCCGGACGACGGCGACUUCUUCUGGUGGGACACGGAGACCUCCUGGUCGGAGGCGGGGAAGCCCCGCAGCGGCGACCUGCCGCCCCCGUACCCCUACCCACCCACCUACGAGGACAGUCUCACCGUCACCGUCACUCCCAACUCCAACUGUGACGGGCAGGCAGACAGCGCGACCCACGUCUGGCACGAGCCCGCCAGCGUUCACCAGGCGAGGAGUCAACCUGACGCGGUCGACAACCCACGCGUGUCGAGCUCUGCUGACGCGUAACGCGUCUGUCCUAGUAGUCUUAUUCAAAGUAGUUGGCAUUCGACAGGCAGCGUGCUAGACUGCUUCCACCACAAAUACACCAAUCGUGCCUGGUCAAAAAUAACUGCCUGUUAUUCAGUGUGCCCCAGCGGGAAUGGAAUGGUCAACAUCUGAGGAUACGACAAGAACGAUCAUUAGGAGCAAAAACCUUCUUACGUUUCUGAGAUAGAAGACAUUUAAUGCACAGGUUGACCCACAAGCCCGUUAAGGGGGGUAGGACGUCAAACCGGCCGACUUGGAGCAGGAGAGGCACCAUAUAACAUUUUAAUUUCCACUGUCUAUACUUUUACAAAUAAAUUCAUAAAACUUUAACAGCAUGACGAAGAAGGAUUCAGGAUUCAUACUCAUAGCAGUGCAAGCUCAAAAACGUAACAAAAGACAUUCUUUUUACAUGUGAAAUUUCAUCAUUUUUUUCACUUACUACUGGCUGCAUUUGUUGCUAUAGGGACACUUUUCUUCCUAAGUAAGAGAGAUUCUUCGAUGACUUUUGCACAGCAUACAAACCAUAGUUACAGGUCUAUGAAACUCUAGAAGUUAUUUAAUUUAUGAAAAAAUGAAUGAGCUGUUACAUUUUAAACUUGAUGUUUAGAAAAAAACUCAAGUUUUAUAGUUAACUAUCUUAAUUUUUUCCACAGUUUUUUAAUAGAUUUGGAAAAUUCUAGAGUUUCAUACACCUGUAACUACUGUUUGUAUGCUAUGAAAAAUUCAUCGAAGAAUCACUCUUACUUAGGAAGAAAAGUGUACCUAUAGCAACAAAUGCAGCCAGUAAUAAGUGAAAAAAUGAUGAAAUUUCACAUGUAAAAAAAGGUGUUUUGCUACGUUUUUCAACUUCCACAGCCACGAGUGUGAGUCCUCAAUCCUUCCUGGUCAUGGUUACAAAGUUUUAUGAAUUUAUUUGUAAAAGUAUAGACAGUAGAAAUUAAAAUGUCCUGUGGUGACUCUCCUGCUCCAAGUCGGCCCGUUUGACGUCCUACCCCCCUUAACAUUUGAAAAUUCAGUACUUACUGAAUAAUGUAGGUAGAGAGACACACAUUCAUGAAAUGACAUGGGGUGUUAUUGAAACCAAAGAAGUGCACAAAGUGACCAACAGAUGGCCCUUCAUAUGACACAAACGCCAUAAUUAGCAUAAAAAUUGAUUUUUUACCAAAAGCGAUGUUUUUUGUAACAAAUACUCAGCAUGGUGGUUGUUAUUUAUCAACAAUACCUGUAGAUGAGGGACAAUGUUGUAAACAGUAUUGCACAGCUUGCCAGUACUUAUCUUGAGAAAUUUACCUCAGUUGUUGUCUUUUAGCAUUGCUAAUGAGGUCGGACUGUUGCGACAGACCUGAGACUUCAGACAGCCCCACAACCAGCAAUCACAUGGACUGAGGUCUGGGGAUCUGGGAGGCCAAGCACGACGCAAGUGCGACUCUAUUAUCAGAUGAUGUGCGCAAGAGAUCUUUUACACGUGUAGCGAUAUGCGGUGCAGCACCACCUUGCAUAAAAGUCGUAACGUCCAGCAGGUGUUUAUUGGGCAGGCUAGGGACGGUGCGAUUCUGAAGCAUAUCGUCGUACCUCGCACCCAUCUCUCUGACACUUUGAAAAGCAACACCCCGCAUUUUCUCGAAGAAAAAGGGCUCGAUCACGAAUGAUGUGGUAAAUCCACACCGCAUUGCGUCUUUGUCGGCUUGUAGGUGGGAGUUCAUGACAGUUCUAGGGUUCUAGGAAUGCUGGUGCGACGUGCGACUUCACAAGUGCUGAUUUCACCAUCUGGAGAUGAACUCGCUGAAGGCUCCAUUUCUUUCCGGGCUGUCCCAGCAGCAGUAUCACUUGUGUCUGGUCAAACACUAUGGAGCCAAUCGUCUAAACAAACGUGACUUUGAACUUCGUGAUCACUUUCUUCAAAGCGACACUUGUCACAGGACCCUUAUCUGUUUGAAUACGCUUCUUAUGGCGACAGGAUCGUAAAGCUGGUGUACCGGAUUCUCCAUUCUGAUAGUAAGGCUUCACUAAUAGUGCCUGUUAUCGUAACGUCAACAUGCCGCGAUCGCUAGAGCAACUAACUUCCUGUCUCGCUACUGCUCAUUUUAUACACGUUUCUCACUGACGUGUUGUUGUCCAGCGCCAUCUGUUAGCCUGUUUUACAUUCACUUUUCGUUUCAAUAAAAAUCCUAUACCAGUUCAUUUACCUCUCUAAAUGUUAUUCCGUGAAUUAGUGUAUUUUCCAAGGUCAACAGACUUCUGGGUCACGUGUGCAUUCUUAUCGUACACGCCACAUUAUAACUGUGCCAGUUUUAAAAUAUGUUACUUUUCCACCAAAGUUGUUGAACUAAAUGUUCAGAAGAAAAAUGACAACUUCGAAGAAUACCUGCUUCACGCAGUGUGGUGAAACUCUGAUAAACAAUCUACCAUCGGUAAAGUGUGAACUGUAUUCUUUGAUAACAGCUGGAGCACUGCCAUCGCAGAAGCCGUAAGGAUACACCAUGUCUACGUAUUCUUCUUUAGCGUAGGUGUGUGGCAUUUCAGCUGUCUGAUACACUCAGUUCCUCGCAUUAAUUCACUCACAACACACUAUGGACAAAUGAGAAUUAAGCGGACUACUUUAUGGCACAAGGACAUCCCGAGAAAAGAGGUUCAAAGCAACGAGUCAGCUUCAGGAAAAAUAAAACGUCAAAGAGGUUGGGUGGGUAAGACACACAUAUGUGCAUCACUAACCCAAAAUCAAAUGUACACUGAAUGUGUUCUAUUUUGAACCCAUUCAGAAUAGGGUACAUGUCAAUAUAAAGUUUUAUGUUUCAAAUGAGCGUUCAUGUUAUAUCCCUAAAUACUAACUAUUCCACUUGUGUCACCCUAGAUGCGUAUUAAACAUAUGUAAAGAUACGCAAAAUCCAUCAUUUUAGGUCUAUGUCAUCUAUGGAAAUGUCAAAAUUAGCAUGCUGUCCAUGCAGUGAAAUUCCACAGAGACAUUAACUAACAAUCAAAAUGACAUGGAAAUUUUUAAUGUAGUUACAAAAAUGCUCAAUUUUGACAACAGAAGACUUUUAUAUUUUAUGCUGUGAGAAUAAACAUUUCUGACCAUACUAUACGUUUCUAUAACUCUAGAGUAUUGCAUAAGAGUAUACAGAUUUAUUUAUUUAUCAGAAACCAUGGGAGUCCGCUUCAAACCUCUUACCUGCUUAUUGACACAGGAAGACAGCCAACUGCUUCCUACUUUCCAUAUAUAAAAUGAAACAUUGUUUAGUCUUAUCCGUAACCCCAUAAGUAUCCAGCUUCUGCAAAAAUAUUGUAUU